UGGUGUAUGCAAAUAAGUAUCCUAUGACGCAGAUACGCAGCGUGAAGCGUGCAUAUAAAAUCGGAGGCGUCGGGGGCUUUGGAACGCAGAGCGGUUUAGUCGGUGGUUUGGAGAGCGUCGGUUUUGUGUUUGGCCACGGCAGCUUUUUACUGAACGCCGGCGCGGCGGUCGGAGAAUCGACCUAAGACUUCGGCGUUGGGUAGAAAAAAAUGGCCCGCACCAAGCAGACUGCUCGUAAGUCCACUGGUGGGAAAGCCCCCCGAAAACAGUUGGCUACUAAAGCUGCCAGGAAAAGCGCUCCCUCUACCGGCGGGGUGAAGAAACCUCAUCGCUACAGGCCCGGUACCGUGGCGCUUCGAGAGAUUCGUCGUUACCAGAAAUCGACCGAGCUCCUCAUUCGGAAGCUGCCUUUCCAGAGGUUGGUGCGAGAGAUUGCCCAGGAUUUCAAGACCGACUUGAGGUUUCAGAGUGCAGCCAUUGGUGCCCUUCAGGAGGCUAGUGAAGCAUACCUGGUGGGCCUGUUUGAAGAUACUAAUCUGUGUGCCAUCCACGCUAAGAGAGUCACCAUCAUGCCCAAAGACAUCCAGUUGGCCCGCCGGAUACGGGGAGAGAGAGCUUAAGUGAAGGCAAUUUUUAUGGCGUUUUGUAGUAAAUUCUGUAAAAUACUUUGGUUUAAUUUGUGACCUUUUUUGUAAGAAAUUGUUUAUAAUAUGUUGCAUUUGUACUUAAGUCAUUCCAUCUUUCACUCAGGAUGAAUGCGAAAAGUGACUGUUCACAGACCUCAGUGAUGUGAGCACUUGCUCAGGAGUGACAAGUUGCUAAUAUGCAGAAGGGAUGGGUGAUACUUCUUGCUUCUCAUGAUGCAUGUUUCUGUAUGUUAAUGACUUGUUGGGUAGCUAUUAAGGUACUAGAAUUGAUACAUGUGUACAGGGUCCUUUUGCAAUAAAACUGGUUAUGACUUGAUCCAAGUGUUUAACAAUUGGGGCUGUUAAGUCUCACCAUACAUCACUGUGAUAGAAUGUGGGCUUUUUCAAGGGUGAAGAUACAAGUCUUAACCACAGUGUAACUUACAGUUUCCUUAAAAAAAAAAAAAGUAAACCUGGCAGCUAUAGAAUACACUAUGUGCAUUUAUAAUAGCUAUUUUAUAUAUUGUAGUGUCAACAUUUUUAAAUUAAAUGUUUUACAUUCACAAGUGAUGGGGAGUCUUGUCAUUAAGGUGUGUGUAAUUUAGAGUUCAGUUGGUUUUCUAAGUAGACUGCAUUUGUUUUCUAUAUAGUAGUGAAAUGCUAUGUGUAUACCUUGCAUAAGUCCUCAUUCUACCACAUUAACUAACCCUCUAGCUGAUACUGCAAACACUAAGUGGGGGAUUUUGUUUAUAAGGGCUCUAGAAUAACAAGUUAUUCACACCAGCAUCAUCUGUUACUAAUAUUCUAGUUAGUGCAGCUUCUCAUUGUGUUGUGGUUGGUCUUAUAAUUAGGUUUUUUCCAAUCUAAGAGGAAACAAUACCGAGGUUGGUUCCUUUCCUCUUGUGGCGUUAGUGUGAACUUGCUGUGGGGGGUGGAGCGUACUGCUCCAGCCUAUUGGAUCUCUGCCAAUUAAGAUGGUGUUGGGUUUGGUCACAUCUGGUCGUAAUCCUGGGGAAAAAUCCCUUUUAUAGAGCCGGCCUUCCAAGUGGUUUUUAAAUUCAUCCUAUCGAAGUUUUUAGGUCGAUUAUGUACGUUGACUAAAUUUACAAAUAAAACUUGUUUAUCCAACUAAGUGUCAAAAACCUAAAUUGAAUGUACAAAGCUUUAAUACAUUUACGUAGGUUCUGUAUAUUCUAACAUUGAAGCACAGAUUAUUUCAGCUUUUGUGUGGUAGACAAAGGUACCAUUUACUUUAAAAAUAUAUAAGCAUGUAAACAGCCCUUUGCUCUAUAAAAUGCUGUGAUGAGCUAGGGAUGUAGCCCAGUGGUAGUGUUUGCCUAGCAUGCAAAAGGCCAUGAUACUGCUGUAUUUGCAGUGGGCUUCAAAUUGUACAGUAUUAAGUCUUUUCCCCUGUAGUGUUAAGAAAGCUUGGAAAACAAAUUCUUAGGUUUCAGGUUCAAAUUUGGGGUCUGUUUUAUCAACCUGAGCUUGGAGCCUUGGAAAUUUUUAUACAAAUUAACACAAGUCUGGGUGUAGAAUUCAUUGUUGGUUUAAGCCACCUUUUUAGCAUGAAACCAGUUUUCUUCAGUUGAGGGCUGCCUUGUUAUGUAUCAAGACGGACAGAGUACCAGGACUUCCUUAGUAGCUAUAGAAAUUCUUGCCCUAAAAGUUGUUUCAAAUUCAAGGUGCUUAAGAAAAGGCAAGGUAGAGAGUGGAUGAUCAUGAGUUAUAUAUAUAUAAGGGAUUGGAGAUGCGAUCCAUGUAAACUGGUUUUGUAGGUCCAUCAGAACCAUCUAGAACACACUUGGGAGAGAAUUCUCUUAAGUUGUGGUUUGAACAAGAUUGCAAUCUGAGGUGUUGGGAUGCACUGUUUUGAGUGUGUUUGGAAAAAAACAGCUUUGGGGAUAGGUUUGAAUUUACCUGUGGGUAACCAAGAGUGGGAGAUGCUACUGAGCACACUCCUGAUCUGCAGCCUGAAAGCUGCUUGAAUAGUGCAAGUUAGGCUUCCACACUUCACUUGUACACUUAACCCAGAAGACAAAUAUCUUUUGGUUCUAGGAAGCUGUCCAUACAGGAUAUUCCUGGGUAAGGGCAAUGGACCGGAAUCUGUAAGAAGGAAAGUAAAAGAUGUCGCUGAUGAAGGUAUCCUGUGCCCUUGAUGGAUGAGACAAUAAAGUUUUUGAAGUUUGGAGAUUU